UCACUAUUGCGUUUUUCUCAGUUCUCAUUCGCCGCACACGUGCUGAGAUUUGUGAUAUUUUUUGCAAUUAUUCUACUUUGCAUGUUGCGUUCGACUUCUUAGAGAAUAUUUCUUAGAAGAAUUCAAUUUAUAAAAAAUCCGAGAACAAGAUCAUCCUAUUUAAACUUCAGUCAAUCAUCACAGUUUUCAUGGCAAUGGUAUCAACAGAAAAGUUGAAUGGCAGUGGGACAGAAGUUCCCACUGAAGUUCUUCCUGCUUUAGCUGAGAAGCCUGUAGGCUUGCCACCAGGCAAGUAUUCCCUGGUUGGAUGGGAUAUGGAUACCACUGGACGCAGACUAAUUGAUGAAAUAUGUCAGAUAGCAGCGUACACGCCGAAGCAGACGUACUCCCAGUACAUAAUGCCUUAUGGCGACUUGAACCCCGGUGCGCGAAGACGCCACAAUGUGAGGGUGGUCACCGUUGGCCGCUAUCGCAUGUUGAAGGAUACUAAUACUCAUAAGAUAUUGAAAACUAAAUCUGAAAUAUCAGCACUGACAGACUUUCUGGACUGGUUGGAAAAGGAAAAGGGAGAUGGCAGCGUCAUACUCAUUUACCACGAGCCGCGCCGUCUCAGCCCAACCAUGCUAUUGGAAGCUUUCACUCGGUAUAAGCUGCUGGACCGCUUCAAGUCGAUAGUGGCCGGUUUCACCGACAGCUACGCACUGGCGGCGGAUAAAUGUAAGGCCACGGUAAAGUCGGUGUCCCUUCGAGUUUUGGCGCGAGUGUUGCUAGACGCGGACACCCUGUCGGUGGAUAGCGCUCUCGAUAGGGCCUCUGCGGCGUAUAUGAUUGUCGAACAUCUAGCACAAGGAGAGCAGCAGGAAGUAGGAGCGGGAGGCGAAGGGACAACUGCAAGCAAGGAUAUGGUGGAGACAGCGCGACUAUGGGCGCGGCCUGUUCAUACGGAGCUGGAAGCUCUCGCUAGUUUAAAGAAAUUAUUAGAGAGACAGAACACUUUCCGGCCGGUGUUCGCCCCCCUUCUGCGUCAGCCGCGGCCAGAACGCAAGCGCGUGACACAGCUACGGCGGCUGCUGGCGGACGCCGGGUUGCUGUACGACCAGGUCAAGGACGCGUGGGAUGACCAAAACUGCGAUGGUAUAGAAAAAUUAUUGAAGAAUCUUACAAUUUCGGCAAAAUCUGAAGACAUUCAGGAACUACUUACAAUCUUCGACUGCCACUUUGACCCCAACAAGCAACCUAUUGUUUUGCAGCCAACAGCAAAUCGCAAGCCUAGGCCCACAUCUUCAACGGGAGAGACUGGGGAAGCAGAUGGCAGCACAAGCGAGUCCCAACAGACAUCCACUCAAAACUCACCCAAUAAGACUAAUAAUGAAAUAAAGCAAGAAGUUAAAACAGAGCCAAGCGAAGUAGUGGCUGCGGUCAACUAGCGCUGCCCGCGAGUUGAACUCAAAGCUUACACUUUCUCACAUACUAUCGUUUAGUACUGUAACGGAGCCAUAGAAUGUGACUAAACAUUUAUUCGUAUUAUACAUUUAGGUUUAAGUCUCCUUUGGAAUUGAAAGAGGUUUGUUUUGCAAGCAUCGGUGAAUGAGUUACAAGUUUUAUUUUUAUUUAGUUGUUAACCUUCCAGUUUUAUUUGUUGGCUUCACGCAUAAAAGUUUUUAUAUAUACGUGGAUAGAGGUUAAUUAUUGUAAACGAUAACUGUAGUUGAGUGCCUUAGCAACUCAGUGUUUUAAGGAAGUUUUUCACACUUUUGUGUAAUGUAAUAAGCCUGAAGCCGUUGUCAGUGGACAAGGCUGGUGGUGUUGCAAAGCAUCAUAAUAUUUUAUAUAUGUCACUGAUAUAGAGAGAAUAUUUAUUAUUAUGUUACUACUG